AUGAGAUGUGAAGAAAUGGAAGCAGAAGACAACAUUUCCACAGUGACACAGUUUGUACUCGUGGGAUUUUCUGACCUUCCCAACCUCCAAGGGUUACUGUUUGGGGUGUUCUUCAUCAUUUACAUCAUUGUCUUAGGUGGAAAUGGCCUCAUCAUAGUAAUAACUAGGAUUGACACUGCACUACAGAAACCCAUGUAUUUUUUCCUGGCAAAUUUUUCCUCCUUGGAAAUCUGUUACGUGUCCGUCACUCUCCCUAGGAUGCUGGUGAACCUUUGGACUCAGGAUAGAGGCAUUUCUGUGCUGGACUGUGCCACGCAAAUGUGCUUCUUCCUUAUGCUGGGAACCACUGAGUGUCUCCUGCUGGCCGUGAUGGCCUAUGACCGCUACGUGGCUGUUUGUAACCCUCUGCACUAUGCCCUGGUCAUGAACCAGAAGGUGUGCAUCCGGCUGGCUGUUGGCUCCUGGAUCAGUGGGGUCCCGGUGCAGAUAGCGCAAACGUGUCAGAUUUUCUCUCUGCAUUUCUGUCAUUCUAACCGCAUUGACCACUUCUUCUGUGACAUACCCCCCGUUCUGAAGCUGGCCUGCGGAGACACUUCUGCGCAUGAGCUGUCCGUCUGUGUAGUGGUUCUGUUGGAUGCUGCCGUCCCAUUCGUGUUGAUACUUGGCUCUUACGGCAAAAUCAUUUCCGCCCUUCUGAGGCUGCCAACAGCCAGAGGUCGGGCCAAAGCCUUCUCCACGUGUUCUUCCCACCUGCUGGUGGUGCUUUUAUUUUUUGGAUCUGCAACCAUAACCUACUUAAGGCCAAAAUCGAGUCAUUCUCCAGGAACAGACAAACUGCUCUCUCUCUUCUACACCAUAGUGACCCCCAUGUUUAAUCCCAUGAUUUACACCCUGAGGAACACGGAUGUGAUUGCAGCACUGAGAAAAUUGUUCCUCAAAAAAUUCUGA